AUGGCUCUCGCACAAGCCCAACAACGGAUCCGAGACCUUCAACAGCUACUCACCUCCCUCAAGGGCUCCGAAUACCCUCCCUUACCCUCGCCAGAGGGCAUGAACAAGCGUGCCUCCGUGGCACUGGUCAUUCGCGUCAAACCAUCAUACGCCCAUUGGCCGCCUGCCAGCACGAAGAAGACAGAUAGUAUAGACGACUUCUUCGCGCAAGAAUGGGUGCAGUUUGGCGAGGCAGAGGUGUUGUUUAUCAAGCGGGCUUCACGAAAGGGCGAUCGAUGGACAUCUCAUAUCGCAUUGCCGGGUGGAAAGAGGGAUCCUACGGACGCGGACGAUAGAGCGGCUGCGGUACGGGAGUGUUCUGAAGAGGUUGGGUUGGAUGUGGAAGAGUAUGGUAUACCGGUUGGCAACCUGCCGCAGCGACUGGUGACGACUCAUUGGGGGCGCAAACCUCUACUCGUUCUAUGCCCAUACCUGUUUCUACUCACAACUCACGAUGUCCCGCCUCUCAAGCUCCAACCUACCGAAGUCGCCGCGACGCACUGGGUGCCUAUUCGAUCUCUCCAGGCCAAAGAGUGCCGCACCGUCGCCUUCGAGGACGUCAGCAGCCGCCUCGCGAACCAGGAGACUGGCGUGAAGAGGUGGAUGCUCUCCCUCGUCCUGGGAAAGAUGAUGUUUGCUGCUAUCUCACUCCUUCCCACGGAAUCUCUACACUCCGCUGAGACUCCAGCUCUUGAAUCACUUCAGGACAACAGGCACGCUCUACCUACUCCGUAUAGCCGACUCAACAGCCUCGCCACCCGCAUCUACCGCUCCGACCUCUUUGGCCAGUACCCUCCCCUACCACCCGAGGCGCCUCUGCUAUUAUGGGGUCUGACUUUAGGUGUAAUGUCCGACUUCCUGGAUCUUAUGCCUCCACACAAUGCUCUUACCCUUUGGACAUAUCCGAACUUCACGCCGCUCGACGUUCGUUUCGUCGUAUGGCUCACGACUUAUCGCUUCAAAGCACGGAAACGUGCGGAGUUGCAGGCUGGGAUGGAGCCGGCGGGUUCGAAUAGUACGCACACUGGCUUCAACAAGCCAGCCUUUGGGUACGCGAGCGAAAGCAUUGCAUCAACUACCCCACCAGAAGGCAGCACAGUGCUCGUAGAUCGACCCGACGAGACGGGCUUCCAUGGCUUAGGCACUGGGCUGAGCGUUGGCCCGACUCUUACGGAAGACAGCGAGGAGGCAAUGCGAAGUCGAAGCAAGAAAGCAGCAGUGUCGACAAUGCUGGAAGGGUACUACGACAUUGUGCGGCGAGCGGUUGGAGUUGCGCUGGUAGGAAGAGCCAGCAUCGCGACUCUCUUGGUGAUCUGGGCGUGGCGGCGGUGGAGGAAAGGGAAAACAUAG